AUGGCCGUCGUCAAAGGAGGCCCCUCCAAAAACAACACAAAGUCCACCGGCAUCAAGCGUGUCAAGGGUGAGAACUUCUACCGCGAUGCCAAGAAGGCCAAGGUCGUCAAGCUUCUCGCCAAGGACGGCAUCGCCUCCAAGGCCAUCCGCGACAAGAACGGAAAGAUCAUCCAGGCCGCCGAGUUCCAGAGCAGCGAAGCAAAGCCUGGCCGUGUCCAGCCUGACAAGCGAUGGUUCGGCAACACCCGCGUCAUCUCCCAGGAUGCGCUCGACCACUUCCGAACCUCGCUCGGCUCGCGUGUUAACGACCCGUACUCGGUGCUUUUGCGCAGGAACAAGCUGCCCAUGUCGCUCAUCCAAGACCCUGGCAAGGGCAAGGCUCCUUCUCUCACCACCCUCGAGCCCUACUCAGAUACCUUUGGUCCCGGCGCGCAGCGAAAGCGUCCUCGUCUCGAUGGCGGCAUGAGCUCGUUCGAAGAGCUCGCCAUGAGCAGUGCGCAGGCUGGUGAGGCUGCCGACGUGAAGCAAGCUGCUCUCGAAGCCAAAGCCGCCGGUGUCGGCCUCGUUCCCUCUGACUACGAGGUCGGCUCCAGCGCUGAGCGAUCCGCCAACGGAUUUACCGCCGAUGCAGACGAGCUCUACGAGAUCCCCGUCACCCGCGGUCGAUCCGAGCCCAUCUACAGCAAAGGUCAAUCCAGACGUAUCUGGGGUGAGCUCUACAAGGUCAUCGACUCGUCCGACGUCAUCAUCCACGUUCUCGACGCGCGUGAUCCCAUGGGCACUCGAUGCCGCAGCGUCGAAAAGCACAUUCGCGACGAGAAGCCACACAAGCACCUCGUCUUCCUCCUCAACAAGGUCGAUCUUGUCCCCACCUGGGUCACUGCUCGAUGGGUCAAGCUCCUCUCGAAAGACUAUCCGACGAUCGCCUUCCACGCCAACAUCAACAACUCGUUCGGCAAAGGUUCGCUCAUCCAGCUUCUUCGUCAAUUCAGCGUUCUUCACUCGGACAAGAAGCAGAUCAGCGUCGGCUUCGUCGGCUACCCCAACACGGGCAAGUCGUCGAUCAUCAACACGCUCAAGAAGAAGAAGGUGUGCAAUGUGGCGCCGAUCCCAGGCGAGACCAAGGUGUGGCAGUACAUCUCGCUCAUGCGUCGGAUCUACCUCAUCGACUGUCCUGGUAUCGUGCCUGUGUCGGCGCACGAUUCCGAGACGGGUACGGUGCUGAAGGGCGUUGUGAGGGUGGAGAACCUCGAGACGCCUGCCGAGCACAUUCCGGCGUUGCUAUCGCGCGUCAAGCCCGAAUACAUCAGGCGCACGUACAGUCUGGAGAAGUGGAGCAACUCGGAGGACUUCCUGGGGCAGAUCGCCAAGCGCAUGGGUAAGCUGCUCAAGGGUGGCGAGCCGGAUCUGGAGACGGUGGCCAAGAUGGUGCUCAACGACUGGAUCAGGGGCAAGAUCCCGUUCUUUGUCGCUCCGGCCAUGCCGGAGGACAAGGGCAAGGCCAAGGCCACAGUCGAAGAGGUUGUCGAGGCGGAUGCGGAGGUGGAGGCGGCGACGGACAAGUUGCUCAAGAGGAAGAAGGUCAAGGGUGUCGAGCAGCCGCUCAAGCAGAUUGCGGUGGCGACCAAGUUUACGCGCGAAGACAUCGAGGCCGGUCGACCGGAGGACUAUGUGAUGGAGCGCGACGAGGACGAGCCGGUGCCCGAGGUGGCUGUCGACGAAGACGCCAGUUUCGACAGCGACGAUGCCGCCGAAGACGAUGACGACGAGGAUGACGACGAAGAUGACGAGGGCGAUGCGCUCGAAGACCUCAACUGGGACGACGUCUUCCAAGGCGAGUCGGACGCCGAAGCUGUGGCAGACGACGACGAGGAGGAGGCGGAUACCACUGCCAAGUCUUCGCCCGGCAAACGCGCCGCUGCUGCUGAUGAGGACGACGAGGAGGACCCCCGUAAGAAGUCAAAGAAGGGCGAGAGGAUGACGACGAGCAAGCGCAAGGCCGAGAACUACUAUACGCACGCCAACGUCAAGAACAAGAGCCGAAAGGGCAAGCCUCAGGCCGAGCCCAAGGCCAAGGAGCGCGGGCCCAAGGUCGGGGCGAAUGGCAAGGGUGCUGCUCAGGGACGUCGUCGCAAGUGA